AUGGCGGCCACGCUGCCUGCCAAGCCCGUUGCGCUGCGAGAUGCUGCGCAGCAGGCGGUGUACUCCCAGGCGUUCAAAGAUGUGGCAGCGCACGUGGAGGCGGACGACGCCUUCGGCAAGGUCAAAGGCGCAGUGGAGAGCCACUUGGGCCUGCUGCAGAAACAGGCACAGGUCCGGGUGCGGAAUUGGCUGAAGAAAUUGUCGGAAGAGACAGCAAACGUGGUGUGGAAGAAGAACCGCAACGCCUAUGCCCGGCUGCUGCUUGAGCAGCUGCGGCGCGGCAUGCUGGCAGAGCCAUUCAGCGCAGCGCCUCCCGACGGCCCGCUGCCCACGCUCCCUAAGCACUUGGCAUACGCCUUCAAGCCGGCACGCGCAGGCAGCCCCGCCGCUGUCACCGGCACUAGCAACGUCGCAGCGGCGGCAGCAGCAGCAGCGCAGCACAGCCCGGCCCACGAGCAGCAGCAGCUGUCCGCCAGCGAGCAGCUGGACCAAUACCUGGGGCGUGCCGACUUCCGGCGGGCGCAGCACGCAGAGGAGCAGGCGGCGCUGGCCUCGCCGCCUGGAGUAGGCGGGAAGACAGGGCGCGGUGGCGCCGGCAGCGAGCCGCAGUACCUUCCCGGUACCCGCAUGCGGCUGCGGGGCGCCGAGGGCCGGCGGGUGGACAGGCACCAGCUGAGCGAUGUGGGGUGGCAGCCCAGCAAGCUGGAGCUGCAGGCGCAGCUGGGCGCCUCGCGGGAGCGCCAGUCAGAGCUCGAGUGGCGGCUGCAGCAGAUGGAGGGCCUGCUGCACCAGCACUCGGCGCUGCUGCACAAGGGGCAGCAGGCAGCGCCUCUGGGGUCGCUGCUGGAUGCAAUGGAGGCUGGCGAGCGCGUGUCGCCGCCGCGCCAGCGCGCCGGCAAGAAGGAGCUGGAGGAGCUGAUCGAUAGGUAUGAGGCUAGGAGGCGACGGUGGCAGUCGCCUCAAAAGUCGAGAGCCCCGGCGCCUGUGGUGGCCCCCAGCGAUGAAGCUGAGAUCCUUGAGCAGCUGGGCAACUUCCAGCGGCAGACAGAGUCCAUCAGGCUGGCGCUGGGCGGGGAGGACGGGCCCUCCCACCUGCCUUCCAGCUCCGUGGCCGCCAACACCAGCGCCAGCGAGUGGGGCCUGCCAGUGGGCACACCAGCGCGGCAGCAAGCCACGGGGCUGCGGGGCGGCGGCUACACGCCGCGGGCGCUGGGCGGGGGCAGGGCCGGCGGCCAGCAGCAGCAGCCUUCGCUGGCGCUGUUCGACGGGCUGCCGCCGUCCCCGGCAGCGCUGGCAGCGAGCCGCUGGCACAGCAACCGGCACGUGGAGCAUGCUGGGCAUUAUGAGCACAGCAGCCAGCCGCUGCAGCAGGAGCAGGCAAAGCAGGCUGCCAGGACUCAGCCCGCCGGUGCCGCCGCUGGCACUCUUACUGGCACGACAGCAGAGCAGCGGCAGCAGCAGCGGCCUCGGAGCCCGAUUGGCCCCGACAUCAGGCACACCAAAAAGUCGGCGGCAGCGGCAGCGGAGCGGGCUUGCACAUCAGCCAGCGCCUCCCUGCAGCGGCUGAAGGCCAGCCGGCCGUGGGCAGCAGCAGCAGACACCCCCAGCUCAGCCCCUGCACGGCAGCCUUUUGUGGCAGCCGAGCAGCGGCAGCAGGAAAGGGGGCAAGCGGCAGCAGCAGCGCAGCAGCAGCGGCCGCACGGACCCUCAGAGGCGCAACCACCACCCCUCGAUGAGCGGCGGGAGGCCCAGCAGGAGGCGCAGCAGCAGCAGCAUGCAGAUAGCACAGCUGAUCCGCAAGACAAUGUGGCCUUGCAGCAGCCGGUGUGGCUGGCGCCGCCGCUCCCGCCAGACAGCAACGCUGCACUUGUCGCAGAGGUGCGCCAGCUGCGCUCCAAGCUGCUUGCCAGCCUGCAGAAGCAUGCCCCUGAGCUGGCUGGUGGUGGUGGCACUCCAGGCAUCAGCAGCAGCCGCUUCGGCGGCUCAGGCAGCUUGUCGGCUGCAGCGACCAAGUUGCAGCAGCGGUGGCAGGAGGAGGGCGACAGCGAGGCCGAUGCGUGGCGCUUGCCAGCUGUACCGGCUGCCAGCCCUCCAGCCUCUGCCAGCCACAGCCGUGUUGGACUGGACAGGCCGCUCAGCAGCCCCUGGGCAGCGCCACCGGCGACAGUUGCCUGCAGCAGCAGCAAGUACAGACUCACAGAUUUUGGCAGCAGCGGCCGCCUGAGCAUCAGCGGCGGCGAUCUGUCGCCUGCCCUGCCCCUGCGGAGCGGCGUCGGCACCCCAGCCAGCCUCGGCAGCGGCCUUGGCAGCCUGGCGCAGCCAACCAGCCUGGAUGUGGGGGGCAGCCUGGCCCCGGCAGGAGGCUUUUCGCUGGAGUCAUUUGAGCAGCAGACCGAGGCGUUGCGGCGCCAGCUCGCGGGCGUCUGA